AUGAAGCACCUCGCAGCUUACCUUCUUCUCGGCCUCGGAGGCAACACCUCCCCCUCUGCCGCCGAUGUCAAGGCCGUCCUUACCUCAGUCGGUAUUGACGCUGAUGAGGACCGCCUGAACAAGCUUAUCUCUGAGCUCGAGGGCAAGGACAUCCAGCAGCUCAUCGCUGAGGGUUCCGAGAAGCUCGCUUCCGUUCCUUCUGGUGGUGCCGGUGGCGCUUCCGGUGGUGCUGCCGCCGCUGGUGGUGCCGCUGAGGAGGCCAAGGAGGAGGAGAAGGAAGAGGAGAAGGAGGAGUCCGACGAGGAUAUGGGCUUCGGUCUCUUCGACUAA